AUGGAUGCAACACGUACCACCACAUGGCGCAAUGUACCGUUGGCGGACGCGUCCGGCUCGCUGACACCCGGCGGCGCACUGGUACUGGAGCAGGAGUUGAAUGAGGAACGUUUAGCCGUCGUCAUUCUUCUAGGUCCACCGUCGACCCGAGCAGCGAGGGGCGAACUGAUGGCUAAAGUUCUGGGAGAGGAGGAAGCAGCUCUCUCUGCGAGUAAUGAGUCUCUGUUGUUGCUGGCCAGUGUCAAGUAUCUAGAAGGGGAUUUACAUGUGUUGGUGAUGGAUGUUAAUACGACGGAGGACGGUUCAUCCUCAGGUCUUGAUCAGCUCGUCGGCGCUUUCUGCGCGCUCUCGUCGCUAGUGAUUUCGUCCUACGACGAGAUCGGGUCCACGCACUGCCUCAUGCCGUCGUUGCCGCAGUUCCAGUCAUUGUUUCGGACGCUAAUGAGAGAGUUUGUAACAAUGGAAGUGUUCGAAAUGCUGCCCAAGAUGCUGAACAUCGACUGGUCUCCAAGUCGCUCGCUAGUAGACAAGCUGGCAGACGCUGAGACGGAGGGGAAAGCAAAUAGCGCUGAAGCACUCGAGAGUCUCCUUAGAUUCAAGAAAAUGGGGAUAUUCUACCCUGGCAGUAUUGCAGAGAUGAGUUUUGACGACUUCUGUGGGACACACGCGACAGUCAAAUUGUUAUUUGGGCUGGAGAUGACGGGCGAGAUGCUGAGCUCGCUUCUGCGCAAUCUGUCAAUUCAGGUGAUAGAACAAAACCCGCUGGACUUUGGAACGGCUUGGGACGACUUUGCGGGGGACAAGUGUCGAGUACUGGCUGAGGACGCGUUGAACACGUAUGUAGACUGUGUGCAUCCAGCUGUGUUAGAGCAUCCACCCAUGGAGCUGGAUGCAUUCAAGCAACUGCACGAAGAGAUUUGGCGUCUCAGCAUGGACGUCUACCAUUCAGCGAGUAAGUACAAGUCGUCAAGGCAUCGCACUGUUCGCACGAAACUCAAAGCAGAUAUCCGCGCUCACUACGCGACUGAGUUGAGUACUCUCACGCAAAAGUCACACGUGUACUGCGAGGAGCUACGACAAAAUUUGUGGACAGAACUCUAUGCACGUGCCACAUAUAUACGUGGCGGUGGAACAUUUACUGCAUUGUUGGAUGCAAUCCAAGAAUUUGACAAGCAGUAUAACGAGAAAGCGCUUGGUCCCGAGAAGGCUCGGGUACUUCGCGACUUUUACCAGCACGAGGCAAUUCAAGCUUUCCGUCAACUUGAAAAUGUGGUGACUCAACAGCUUAGUGAGUCUCGCUUGGAAGAGCUGCGGCUUCACCUUCAGAAAGAAUUUGCAGAUAAGAAGGAGGCUCUUGUAGAGCACUUUAAGCAAGAAGAAGCCCAGCUGCGCGCUGGAAUGGCGCGUGAAAUGGAGACGAUGCAAAAGAUGCAUGAAGCGAAGGCUGCCCGUGUGAAAAUCGAUGGAAGUGAAGCCAUAAGGCUUCGAGAGGAGCUAAACGACCAAAAACGUCAAAAUGCCAAGCUGCAAGAGAAAGCAAUUGUUCUAGAGCACUCCCAGCAGGAUGCAAUAAAUCAAAAGGGGGUGCUUGCAGCAAAAGUGGAAGAGCUGGAAGUUGUAUUACGGCGCGAGAUGGAUAACCGUACCGAGUUAGUGGAUACGCUGGCGUUGACUAUCAAAACCGCAGAGGAGAAGGAGAAAGCACUCAACGAGAAAAUUGCCGAGCUGCAGCUAGAGUUGGGCGAGAAAACCUUCCGAAUUGAGUGUGAACUGCAGGAACUGACGCAUCAACUGCGAAAGACAAACGAGGAAAAGGAGGAGCUGCAAAAGAAGCUCAAUGAUUUUUUUCUGAAGGUGACGGCGCUACCGGAGGCUCUCCAACAGCAUUUCUUCUUCCGCAUCCGAUAG